GAAGACGCUGACUGUAAACUGAACACAAUGCUAAAGUAACUGCGGGGGGUUUAAAAUAAACUUUGCAAGGUUUAUAGAAAGCCAAUUAUCUAUCACAUGUUUUUUAAGGUUCAUAUGUUUAACUUAAAUUAACUUCAGAUUUUUGUUUGUCUUCAUAUACGGUUAGGUAUUUGUUUUGUGAAACUCGUAGCCGACACUUGCAAUCUCUCCUUGCGCAACCGGGGCAACGUUACUUAUUUAGGUUUCUAUUGCAACGUGUUUAAGUAGUUUGAUUUUUCAGUUGCUGAUAUCUGCGUUUGUAUACUCUGUAUAUUUACCUCUUAUCAGAUAUGACCACUAUUCGUAUCUCGGGGAAUUUACCCCCGAAUAUCGAUUGCACCAAAGCCCCCGUUGCUUUCGGAAGACGGGCUCUGCCCAAACUCAACGAGGAACUGCAAAGCCCGGAGCUGCUUACCCGGCAAAGGGCGCUCAUGUCCCUGUGCGAUUUGGUACACGACCCGGAGAUCGCUUUAGAAGCCAUGCGUAUCGGGUGUCUGGACAGCCUAAAACUUCUCCUUCGAGAUGUGGACAGCACAGUGCGCAUGAAAACCACAGAGGUAUUCUACCGUCUCGCUACCCAUAACGCAGGAAGGGUUGCGUUUCUGAAGAGCGACGUUAUCCUUCCUCUGGCCCAGCUGUUUGAUGACCCGGUGGAUAUCUGUCGCAGGAACAUGCACAUGGCCAUUGAAAUGAUGUCAGAGUUUCCAGGCGGCGCGGUGGGGUUGGUGGAGGCUGGGCUGAUCCCCAGGCUGGUGUUCAAGCUAACCUCUGAGCUGGAGGAGAUCCAGGAGCUCAUCCUGGACACGCUGCACUUCUGCCUGUGCGUGGACACCAGCGAGGCGCUGGCCACCGAGACAGUCAGCGUACUGAAGGAGAAGCUGUCCCACUGCUCCGGCCGCAUCUGCAGCAAGGCAGCCCGAGCCCUCAUGGACAUCAGCGUGCCCCUGGAAGGAAAGCUCAAGCUCUGUGAGGAGGAGGUCAUUCCCAUCCUGGUGAAUCUCCUGGGAGACCCCAGCCCCGAGGUGGCAGCCAGCGCAGCGGGAGCCCUGAUGAGCGCCACUGUCACCACAGCAGGUAAGUAUGCAGCCCUGAGCGCAGACGCCCUGCCCCCUCUGCUGGGGCUGGUGAGGAGCCCCCAGAUGAGCGUGUGCCUCAACGCCGUCAAAGCCAUCACCGUGCUGGCAGAGGCCCCCGAGGGCCGCAAGGAGCUGCUCAAACACCUGGACCUGCUGGAGGACCUGCGGGGCCACGAUAGUGAGAUCACGAGGAGGGCAGCAGAGACCGCCAUGCGAGUCAUCACCUGGAAACCCUGACGGACCUGCAGAACAGCAUCUGCCACUGACAGCAUAAAACACUAAAUCCAAACGCCAAUCAUUGUACUCCCCCGAUUCACUAAGAAAUAAAACUAAUUCACAGCUCUGUGUGUUUCUUCUUCCC